CUGGGCGCGUCACUGCACCCGCCCCCGGCCCGCCCCCCGGUCCGGGCCGGUCCAUUUAAUGGCGCGACCGCGAGGACCGCGACGGGCUCUCGGGCGGCCCGGCGCAGCAGAGGACCCCAGCGAACAUGUCGGGGACCAGAGCCUCCAACGACCGGCCCCCUGGCGCGGGCGGCGUCAAGCGCGGGCGGCUGCAGCAGGAGGCCUCCCGCGUGACCGUGGUCCUGGGCGCGCAGUGGGGGGGGGAGGGUAAAGGCAAGGUGGUGGACCUGCUGGCCACGGACGCCGACAUCAUCAGCCGCUGCCAGGGAGGGAACAACGCCGGCCACACCGUGGUGGUGGACGGCCAGGAAUAUGACUUCCACCUGCUGCCCAGCGGCAUCAUCAACACCAAGGCCGUGUCCUUCAUCGGCAAUGGGGUUGUCAUCCACCUGCCAGGCUUGUUCGAGGAAGCAGAGAAGAACGAGAAGAAAGGUCUGAAGGACUGGGAGAAGAGGCUUGUCAUCUCUGACCGGGCGCACCUGGUGUUCGACUUUCACCAGGCGGUGGACGGGCUGCAGGAAGUGCAGCGCCAGGCACAGGAGGGGAAGAGUAUCGGCACCACCAAGAAGGGAAUUGGCCCGACCUACUCCUCUAAGGCCGCCCGCACGGGCCUGCGCGUCUGCGACCUGCUGUCGGACUUCGGCGAAUUCUCCACCAGGUUCAAGAACCUGGCCCACCAGCACCAGUCCAUGUUCCCCACCCUGGAGGUCGACGUCGAGGGCCAGCUGAAAAAGCUCAAGGGCGUUGCGGAGCGGGUCAGGCCCAUGGUCCGGGACGGCGUGUACUUCAUGUACGAGGCGCUCCACGGCCCCCCCAAGAAAAUCCUGGUGGAAGGCGCCAACGCCGCCCUCCUCGACAUCGACUUUGGAACUUACCCGUUCGUGACGUCGUCUAACUGCACAGUGGGGGGCGUGUGCACAGGCCUGGGCAUCCCCCCCCAGAACAUCGGCGACGUGUAUGGCGUGGUAAAGGCCUACACCACACGUGUGGGCAUCGGGGCCUUCCCCACUGAGCAGGUCAACGAGAUCGGAGACCUGCUGCAGAACCGCGGCCACGAGUGGGGGGUGACCACGGGCAGGCGGCGGCGCUGUGGCUGGCUGGACCUAGUGAUCCAAGGAUACGCCCACAUGGUCAACGGGUUCACAGCGCUGGCCUUGACCAAGCUGGACAUCCUGGACGCCCUGGCGGAGAUCAAGGUCGGCGUCUCGUACAAGCUGGGCGGGAAGAGGAUCCCCUACUUCCCAGCUAACCAGGAGACUCUCCAGAAGGUCGAAGUGGAAUACGAAACCCUGCCUGGCUGGAAGGCAGACACCACAGGUGCCAGGAAGUGGGAGGACCUGCCCCCCCAGGCCCAGGGCUACGUCCGCUUUGUGGAGAACCACGUGGGAGUGGCAGUGAAGUGGGUCGGAGUUGGCAAAUCCAGAGAGUCGAUGAUCCAGCUGUUUUAGAUGCGAGCUGGCCACCCCACAGGCACGGCUGCCCGUCCCACACAGACUUGGCCACCAGGUCCCUUGGCCACCCACGCCGCGCCACCAACGAGGACGCGCAGGAGGUCCUUCUGCACUUGGGCCUCGCUUCUCAAGCCUGAGGUUCGACUCACUGCCCCGAUGUCCAGGAGCCAGCGUGGUGUACGUCAAAGCCAUGCUGGAGAAAACGCUCCACAACACUCGUGGAGCCCACGUGCCACGGGCAUGGUCGCCACCUGUGCCCACUGGCACAGCGUGGUAAUAAACACCCAGGAGCCGCUGAGCCCAAGCCUUCA